AUGCGCCCUACGAAUCGAAUCUGCGCUGGGUCAUCUUUUCCUUCACUUCCUGGCAAACUCUUAAUCGCACUUUGCCUUCUCCAAUCUUGUCUAGCUGCAAAAGCAGAACCCCAGCCUAUCGUUGCCACCACUGGCACCGAUUUCUUUGGUUAUGAUGGGCUGUGGUCUGCCGUGAGCAUUCGCCUUGGAUCGCCGCAACAAUGGCUUUCACUUCUUCCCAGCACACUAAGUCAAGAGACGUGGGUUGUUGGCGCUUCUGGCUGCGAUGGAACAUCCACCUGUGAAGCCUUAAGAGGAGGGCUGUUCCUGACAAACGAAUCGUCUACUUUCCAACCCCAAGGUCUCUAUGAGCUCAACUUUGAUACCCAGCUUGGUUACUCGGGGUCGGGAUACUAUGGUUUGGAUACCGUGUAUCUCGAUGAUGUGUAUUCUGCGCCUGGUCAGAUCGUCGCGGUGGUCAAUUCCACCGACCAGUGGCUUGGGAGCUUGGGUCUCGGUGUUCAACAGACUCGCUUUGGUGGCACCGAGAAUUACUUGCCAUUGUUGUCUAGCCUGGUCGAGAACGGGAGUUUGAUUCCGAGUCACAGCUAUGGCUACACUGCGGGCGCAUUUUACCGACUAAAAAGUGUCCCGGCCUCAUUGACAUUGGGAGGGAUCGAUGCAAAUCGAUUUGUUCCCAAUGAUAUGACAUUCUCCCUGAGUACAGACUACGCUCCCAUUGUGGCCAUCAAUUCGAUAACGGUCUCUUCUUCACCUUCCAAUGGCGAAUCUCUACCGAAUAAUUGGGAUUCGAAUCCUCAAACGCUCCUUGAUGGUUCGCAAGCCGACCUAUUCACCAUCGACUCAUCAACGCCAUUUUUAUGGCUUCCGGAUGAAGUUUGUGACUCUUUUGCAAAUUCCUUGAAUCUCACUUACGACGAUAACCUGCAACUCUACUUGUUCCCCGAUGAUAACCUGUCAUCCCCCGACGCGCUCACCGCUUGGAACUUGACUUUCACAUUUGCUCUCAGUAAUCUUCCUGGUUCUUCAGACGUGAUCGAGCUGACACUACCAUACGACGCAUUCAAUCUUCAGCUAACCUACCCAUUUCCAAAUCUAGACGCCAACUUUACCUCGCCUCCCACGAACUAUUUUCCCUUGCGCAAAGCAGCUAAUUCGACCCAAUAUACGAUUGGACGGGCUUUCUUACAGGAGACCUACCUAACGGUCGAUUAUGAACGGAAUAAUUUCUCCAUUUCACAGGCGGUAUUUACUUUGGACGCCGUUAGCAAUGUCAAUCUUAUGGCAAUCUCUCGUCCCGAGGACAGCAUAUGGCCAGGCCCGGCUAGUUCGGCAGACUCUGGACUAUCCACAGGCGCCAAAGUUGGUAUUGGGGUUGGUGCUGCCGUGGGCGUCUUAAUCGUCGUGGGCCUGGCCUGGAUGUUUUGCUUCAGAAAGAGGAGUUCGAAGGGCAGCAGUUCAGGCGAGAAAACCAAGAGGCGAAGUUUACUCAGCCGAAUACACCGAGCUCCAGAUUCGAAGACCUCGGUUUCUGAACUUCUCGGUGACAAGCGGCAUCCCACUGAGGUGCCGGCAGAUCCAUCUGUCUCCCGAUUCGAACUCUCAGGCAAUACUCCAAUUGAAAUGCCGGCUGCACCAGUGUCCCCACGAUAUUUUGCUAGCAGCGAGGAUGGUACCCGAAGGGAAUCUGCAGUGAUGAGGAAUGAUCCCAGACGCCCAGCAGAGCUCGAGCACCGGACUUCAAUGACGAAAAGUGGCGAUGUUGCUGCUAGUGAACGAUCUGGAUCCCCAGUUCCCCCUUAUUCACCUGCAGAGAUCAAUAACAAUCGCAACAGCAGUAGCGUGAGUCCUUACAGCCCCAGGAACAGCCGUGGGUUUGGAACCAUAUCCUCUGGCGAGCAAGGUAUCAGCCCGGUCGCGGGUAGCGAUGGCCACUCUCAUCAAUCAAGCAACAGUAAUAGCCGAAGCAUGCCCAGUCCAGUAUCGCCGGAAGCGGUAUCGAGACCGCAACGCCAAUUCUCAAGCGGCUCGAACAUCAGCCCCUCCACAAAUACCAGUCAUAACACGCUUCUGAUACCUCAGCUACAUGGACGUCCGCCGUCACGCUCACCCAGUACUGGCAGCAGGUUUGUUGAAGAGGGUUUGAGUACAGUGACGGAAGAGCAAGUGACCAACACAUCAGCGCGAUCUAAUCAUCCGGGUCCUCGAUUUAGUUGGGAACAGUAA